UUGUUGUGGUAACAGUCCAGUCUCAGAGGAUGAGCAGAGAUGAUGCACUUACUUUGAGCGGAUAGACGGCGAGAUUGGAUUGUGAUUUAUCUUGGUAUUUUUUUAAUCCAAACAAUGAAUCGUUUAGUAUAAAAAAACAAAAGCUGCUGCACCGUACGGAGCCAUCCUCCAGCCAAGCGGGGAACGGAGUUCAUUCAGCCGAGGCGAGCAGAGCGCAGCCUGAUGAGACGAUGCCAGCGACGUAAAAAUCAUAACAUCUGUAGGGUGUGCGUCCGAGGCUGCUGGAUUAAGCCCCCGUGGAUCGACGGGGCUUUUGUGCAUACAGUCCAGAAAGGCCCACGGCGCGGUUGUUGCCUUCAAAAUACUGCAAAAAGAAGUAAAACAAGGACAGUUAUAUUCUUGGAGGCCUUCGGAGAACACAGCCUGCUGUUGAGAGGAUGACAGAUUGACAUUAACGGGUGCAUUUUCAUAGGCUCCACGACCUCAUUAAGACAUUAUCCACGGAGAACAAUCACCGGGUUCAGCACAAACACAGGCCUGAAGUCACAGCGCCUUGAAGAAAGCCAUCUAACUAAACAUAUCACAUGUUUCUGCUAUGAUUUGGCCCUCGGUGCCGUCGUGAUUGCACACAUGACAUCUGGAACACACUGGAUGCAGAUGAAGACGAGGAUGUGAUGCCUCUGUGUUGAGCAUUGAAGCACCCAGUUACAGCUCAGCGCUUGUAAUAGAUUCUCAGGUACUCUGUGGCUAUAGGUUCUUGACAGAAAAUGGGCAGCGAAGGUGAGAUCAUAAACAGAGAACUGUCAAAGAUGUCUGACGAGGAUUUGCUGGCGUGCUCCAAAGAGGAGCUGGUGAGCCGGCUGCGUAAAGAGGAGUCGGAUAAAAUAUCAGCUCUCAUCCAGCGAGGACGGCUGAUAAAAGAGGUAAAUAAACAGCUACAGGGACACCUCCUUGAAAUCAGGGAACUGAAAGUCAUCAAUCAGCGCCUGCAGGAGGAAAACGUGGAGCUGCGGGACCUGUGCUGCUUCCUGGACGACGACCGGCUCAAAGUGAAGAAGCUGGCCAGGGAAUGGCAGCUGUUCGGGCACCACGCAGCCAAAGUGAUGCGGGAGGACCUGGGCGGUUACUUGAAAAAGCUCGCAGACCUGGAGCGCAUGCAGGACGGGCUGGUGAAGGAGAAUUUGGACCUGAAAGAGCUGUGCCUGGUCCUGGAGGAGGAGUGUGUCAGCAGGAGUGACUCCAGCCCCGGAGGGUCCACCGAGCUCAACCUGCCCUGCAUGGUGGCCCGGGACCUGGGGGACGGAAGCUCGAGCACGGGCAGCGUGGGAAGCCCAGACCAGCUUCACCUGGUGUGCUCACCUGAUGACUGAUGAUAGGUCUCUGCCAGCAGCCAGGGCUUCUCCGACUCAAUUAAGGAACCUGUAGAGUUGACUGAUGUGAUGGAGACACAGAGACUUUGUCAGACAAUACAAAUUAAAUUGGUGCAAAAGAAUUAGGGCCUUCUGAAUGCUGCAAAGAUUAGUGUGCAACUACGUUUUGACUUGACAGAGAUUCUACCACUAUAGACAUUUUCGGGACAUUUAAUAGAUGUUUGCCAGAUGAUAAUGUAUCUAAAUUUUACAGUGUUUUUUCUAAAGACUUCUGUUUUUGGGAAAUUCUCCUUUUUCAGUGGUCUGUUGAUAAAAAAAAAAAUGGGACCAAAAAGUGGGUCACAUAUAUAAAUUUAUCUCAUGCACUGGACUAGCCUACACUGGUAGAAGCCUUUUUUCUAUUGCACUGGACAGCGUUAUCAUGGAUCUUUAAAUCACAGAUCUAAAGAUUCAUUUCAAUCCAGUUUUGAGCCAUAUUUAGUCCACUGAAUUCCAAUAGCACUGAAAUAGAUGAGUUGUGAUAAAAGAAAAUUAUGAAACUAUUUGAUAUUUGCUAGAUGCCCAAUAACGUGUAAUAUUUUAUGCACUCUCUUCCUCAGGACAGGAUUGGAGUGCCAUAUGUGCAUGAUGAUUGUCACUAUUUGUACAGGCCUGUUAACCAGUCUGAUGUGAAGGCCCUUCAGGUUUACUGUGGGUGGGGCUGCUGCUGUGCAUACUGUGCAUGUGCUAGAGCCUUGGCAGAGCCAGCACACUUGUUAAGAUUUUGGAUCAGACGUCAUAGAUGUCCUUGGACCUCACUCAGAGCUGAUCUGAACUGAAGUUCUGUCACUUUUAUAAAUCCAACUGGAAACUCUUUGUACCAAACUGGAAGGUCUACGAGUUUGAGCGAUUUCUAUUCGAUUCAAACCUAGCUGUUUAAAUUCACUUGUAUUACUUUUUCUUUUUUAUUACACUGUUGUUGGUGAUGUUCAAUUAGCAUAUCACAGAGUUUGUUUAAGUUGGCCAUGGUCAGCUUCGUCUUCUGUAACUCAUGCUUUGUAUUUACCCUGUAACAUUAGGGAUAAUCUUAACUUUGACCCUUCUUUAUCUUGAUUUAUCUGUAUUAACUAGCGUUACUAACCGAUUUCAGUUUAAAUCAUAGAUAAUGCACAUGGAUUAGGGAAGAUUUAUUUUGUCGUUAGGUGUUUGUUGGUGGGCUAUGCUCGUAGUGCAUUGAAGAGCUUUAAAUACAGUGGGU